AUGACAAAACGCGAGAUUACAGACUAUUUCCCCAGCAGGAAGAAGGCCAAGUCUCUCAGUAGUGAGACAACACCAAAUAGCACACCAUCAACAUCGACAACACCAAAUAGCACACCAUCAACAUCGACAACACCAAAUAACAAGCAACCACAACCACAACCAGCAACACCAUCACCAGCUCUUGAACUUCCGCAUUUGUCGAGUCCGUUCAAGGAAGAGUUUGUCAAGACUCUUACUGAACAUCAGAAACGUCUCUUACAAUUAGAAAUCGACACCAUUGAGCCCGAAUGGUUCAAAGUACUCGCAGAGAGGGGGUUAUUUACAUCGGAGAGUUUCCUCUCAUUGAAGGAGUUCCUCUUGGGAGAAAUUCAACGGGGGAAAGAGAUUUAUCCUUCAUCAAAUGAUGUCUACGCGUGGUCACGUGCCACGCCGCUCAAGAUGGUACGGGUUGUUAUUAUUGGACAGGAUCCUUAUCACAACAAGGGCCAAGCACAUGGACUUGCCUUCUCUGUCAAAGACGUGAAUGCAAAGAAGCCGCCCUCAUUGGCCAACAUCUUUAGAGGGAUCCAUACGGAUUUCCCCCAAUUGGCAAAGAAGGGUUUACCCAAACACUGUGAUUUGAGUGCAUGGACUCAUAGGGGGGUGUUACUGCUCAACAGUGUGCUAACAGUGGAAGCGCACCGUGCGAAUUCGCAUGCCAAGCGAGGGUGGGAAGAGUUUACCAGUGGGGUAUUGGAGGCACUCCUGGAAUUCGGUCCUGCGCACAUUGUGGUGAUGGCAUGGGGGAAGUCAGCGGAACGGACGGUGCGGGCGGUGGUAGCACGCGUGGAGAGGCGGACGGGCGGGCCGGUAGCAGGGGGGCGGCACCUGCUCUUGUACGGUGUGCAUCCGUCUCCGUUGAGUGCCCAUCGAGGGUUUUUCAGUCAGGGACAUUUUAGCAAAUGUGUAGAAUGGCUAAGAGUACAUGGAUAUGAAGACAUUGACGAGAGUUUUUGGGAGAUUUGA